GUGGAAUAAAUGGAAGCGUGCAUGAAAUUGUUUAUAUUAUGAAACUACAAGGGAAAACUUAAGCAGAUCAGGUUUACAAAUAGGUAUACACCCGGCUGUUUAGAAAUGGUCAGAACUGCUUCAGUUGAUAAAAAUGGAUUGAAGAAAGGCGCGUGGAGUCGAGAAGAAGAUGAUAAGUUGAGAGCUUAUAUUAUGAAACGUGGCCACUGUAACUGGCGUGAACUACCCAAAUUUGCUGGUCUAUCGAGAUGUGGCAAGAGUUGUAGAUUACGGUGGGUAAACUAUCUGCGGCCGGGUGUAAAACAUGGAAACUUCUCCGAAGAAGAGGAGAAUUUGAUCAUUCAACUGCAUCAAGAACUUGGAAAUAAAUGGUCAAGAAUUGCAAUGAAAUUGCCAGGAAGAACAGAUAACGAAAUUAAAAACCACUGGCACACUCGCUUAAAGAAGCUUUUACUCGAGCAAACCCAGGUAGCAACUGAACAGGUGAAAGAGCAAUCUAGUGAAAUCCCACCAAGCCAAAACAUUGAAGCUGAAAGCGUUGAUAUUGCCGUUACUCCAUCUCUUCCAAUAAUAUUGGAGAGCUCUCCUUUGUCCAAUGAAAUUUCUGAUUAUUCUUCUGUGCAAACUAGCUCGAAUUGUGUUGCAGAAGAUGCACAUAGUUUCACGUCAAUGAUGGGAAUAUUUGAAGAAACAGGUGAAGAUUUCUGGACUGCGCCGUUUGUAGAAGACCACAUCUACAAUCAAGAUUUCUAUGCUUCAUCUUACUCUUUAUACUAUGAUGACAAUAUGGAUUUCAUUCACCAAGUGAUGCAAGAACUGCCGGAUAAUAAUUAGUUAUUUUAGGUUGUAUGUCAUGGUUGUAAAUAUGGAUAUUACGUAGAAAUAAACGAGUGAUUGUGUGUACGUGUAAUAUAUAGAUAUGUGGCUCUAAAUCAAAAGCCGGCAACUCUUACUCGAUGUACUGAUUAUGCAAGCGAUAUUUUAUACAUGCAAUGGAAAGAAACUG